AUGGUCCGUCCGAACUUGAUCAAGGUCCAGGUGGCACAUGUAGAUAUCAUCGAGGAACUCAUGGAUGAUACGCUUGCGUUUCUCUUCGGACACAGUGUGCACAACCUCAAGAAACAGCGCGCCGGAAUCCGCGACAAUAUCGAGCAGGACUUUGCUAGUGCAUUGUUUUACGCACACAAGCUGAUCCAAAGGGUCUGCGCAUGGGUGCGAGAAUUGCGCAACGAGGAGAGGGUCAUUGCGACGGGAUACUACUGUUUCACUCUUGAGCAAUAUUUUCUUCAUGUUGGCAAUGAACCCCGGAUCUGGAAGAAGUUGCGCGAGGACGUUGCCGUCCUCAAGGGUCGCGCGCCCUCGUAUGAGCAACUGCGCAACCUGAUGUAG